CAUCUCUCUGUCCUUCGAUCAUUCGCCUCCUUCCGAUAACCAAACCCCUCUAAAGCGAUCGUCGACUACCAAAAGCUAUGGCUCCGAUAGCCGUUGGAGAUUCAUUGCCGGACGGUACCGUAUCCUACUUCGAUGACAACGAUCAGCUCCAAUCAGUUUCAGUGCACUCCCUCACCGCCGGAAAGAAGGUCAUCCUUUUCGGUGUUCCCGGUGCCUUCACCCCCACUUGCAGCUUGAAGCACGUACCAGGCUUCGUUGAGAAGUCGGAGGAGCUCAAGUCGAAGGGUAUUGAUGAGAUUCUCUUACUUAGUGUCAAUGACCCCUUUGUGAUGAAGGCAUGGGCUAAAACCUACCCAGAGAACCAGCAUGUGAAGUUCCUCGCUGAUGGGGCUGGAAAAUACACCCAUGCUCUUGGCCUUGAGCUUGACCUUUCAGAAAAAGGGCUCGGAGUUCGUUCCAGGAGGUUUGCACUCUUGGUCGACGACCUCAAGGUGAAGCUUGCAAAUAUUGAAUCUGGAGGGGAGUUUACAGUCUCCAGUGCUGAAGAUAUCCUCAAGGCUCUUUGAAUAUUUCGUCCACUCACCCGUAUUUGAGCCGUUUAGUCUACGUUUUUAUGUUGUCUCUGGACUUUUAUGUUGGUUUUGAAUAAUAUGAGGUGAUUCUAUAGUAUUGGAUCGUAUCCAAAUUUCAUAGUAUGGCUAUUAUACUUGUAAACAUGGCCAUAGAAGCGUCAAAAUCGUCAGAGCAGUCAUAUUUUGAUGGGUCGUGGUUUUGUUGUUAUAUUUUAAGGCCAUAGGAACUAUUACUGAAAAUUUAGAUAUGGCAUCACAGUGGAACCAUGGGACUUGCUUGUUUAAUGAAGACUGCUAUGGAAAUCCUUUGUUUAAAAUAGUAUGUGGUGAUAAAUAAAGGACCUACUGGAUUCUCUGCUAUUUAAAAA